UUCAAAUCUCAUGGUCAUUGAGAAGUGAGCGGAAGCCCGAAGACUCAGCUCCACUCCACAGAGAGAACCCUCCGACACUCCCGCGAAUCCAGCGAUAAAGCGCGAGUAAUUCGACUUCCUCACCCUCCCCUGCGACGCAAGGUUCAAAUCUUCAUCUUGUCCCUUCCUCCGUCUUCUCCAGUCGCCCAUUUCAUGGUUGGUGCGAGAGUUUUUUUUUCUUUUAGAUCGGGAGUUGUUUCGCUCUUUCUAGGUUUCUUUUGUUUCGGUUGGAACACCAAAAUGGCGCCUUUUGGCUGAGAGGGUGUUGGUUUUGGUUCGAAAGUUACGGUGAUGGCGUUUGGUUUGGCAUGUGAUUGGUUCCGGCAAUUUUUUCCCCUCUCUAUUGGCCGCUUUCUCUUUGAUGUGUAUGGAUUGGAAGUGUCGACACUUGGGGAUUAUGCUGUGGUAGUUCUUGUUUGUCAAACGAAUUCUUCAUCUCGGGCUACCUGGUUCUUAGCUAUGACCCCUGCACUUUGUUCUUAGGAUGAUAAAGUUUGUUGCAAAAUUAGGCAAUUUCCAUUGACGUUUAUUGAAGCAUUGGUGUAGUAUGGCUAACAAGAAUACACAGCCAUGUUGGCCUGGAUGCCGGCUUCCUUUAUUGUUCUGUCUUGGUUUUGCAAUAGUCCUGGCUCUCCCCUAUCUGUUUUUCUUGGAUUACAAUGAUCCAAAAGAGAAGUUCUUUUCCAUGAUUGAGAACCGAAGACUCCCUUUGAAAGACCAUGAAGAAGAGCCCUCGUUGUCUAUGGAAUCGACUUUCCGCGUUCAAAGUGGACCGGCAGAUGAAGAUCUCAAGCAGUGUGAUCUGAGCAAGGCAAUGUUGAAGGUUUUCAUGUAUGAUAUGCCUCCUGAGUUUCACUUUGGUCUUUUAGAUUGGAAAGGAGAUGGAAAGAGUGUGUGGCCGGAUAUCCAGACCGAAAUUCCAGAUCAUCCUGGUGGCUUGAAUCUUCAACACAGCAUUGAGUACUGGCUGACAUUGGAUCUUCUAUCCUCAAGAUUCUCUGACCGGAGUGGCCCUUGCACAGCUGUAAGGGUUGAUGAUUCUCGUGAAGCUGAUGUUGUGUUUGUGCCUUUCUUUUCUUCUUUGAGCUACAACCGCCAUUCUAAUGUUAAACCACCGGAAAAAAUUAGUAGAAACAAAGCACUGCAGAAGAAAUUGGUGGAGUAUUUAACAGCUCAACAGGAGUGGAAAAGGUCAGGGGGGCUUGAUCACAUUGUAAUGGCACACCAUCCCAAUAGCAUGCUAGGUGCUAGAACGAAGUUGUGGCGUUGCACAUUCAUUCUUGCAGAUUUUGGACGAUAUGUUCCCCAUGUUGCUAAUGUGGAGAAAGACAUAAUUGCUCCCUACAAGCAUAUGAUCAGGACAUUCGUCAAUGACUCAUCUGGUUUCGAUGAUCGUCCUACUUUGUUGUACUUUCAAGGAGCUAUCUACAGGAAAGAUGUAAGUUUUACUAUUAUUAUUUGUAUUGAUGCUACUUGA